AUGGUCCAAUGGAAGUUUCAAGAAAAGCAAUCGUCACUUAGACCUAAAAUUGACAAAUUACAGUGUUCAGAUUUUGUGCCUUUUUUUUCAGGUGUCUUCAGUCAAGGAGAACAGAUUGACUGUGGUGAGUUCCAGGAUGCCCAGGUCUUCUGCACUCGGGAAUCAAAUCCCUACUGUGGCUCUGAUGGCCAGACGUAUGGCAAUAAAUGUGCCUUUUGUAAGGCAAUGGUGAAAAGUGGUGGGAAGAUCAACCUAAAGCAUCAUGGAAAAUGCUGAAUGAGAGC